AUGACUACUGGCAAGCAUCUGGAAGACUUCGAACAGUAUUUGGAACCUGAUUUCAGUGCAAUCAAGGCUUGCACAGGCUUGCUGAAGAGCACACACACUGAUAUCGAUUCUAAUGAACUCGAUCUACUGACAUCGAUAAAAAAAGUGCGAUAUGCACUCAAUGAAGUUGACAGGAGAAGCGAGGAAGUGAUACGUACCAAUCCAGUGCAUUUGAUUGAUAGUCUGGAUGAUCGUGCUAAAGCUCGUGCCAAGACUCAGGACUCACUAGGUCCCAGUAUAGAGUACCUAAAGAUGUCUUAUAGCAGGCUCGAAAAAGACGUUUUGGAGCCCCAUGAGGAAGCACUGCAAUUGCAAUCAGCAUUGAGCAAAAUACAUCAAACUUCGAGCGUUUUGAGAGACGUGCUGAUUUUUCUACAUCUGCUCAGGCAGGUUAUAGGCCUCACGUCACCAAAUUCAAAAGAAGAUCAAGCAUCUCCAGAACAAACUUUAUUGGCUCUGGCUUCUACUCAUUCUCAACUCCAAACCACCUUAGCCUCCAAUCCGAACUUGAGAGCUUUGAGACUUGUCAAGAAACAUGAAUCAGAAACGCUCACGCCAAGUCGUCGUGAGACGCUCAAACUCAUGGGCGACUUACUGGCCUCAAAUUACUCUGGUGAAACAAGUAAAUCCGCUCACUCAAAGUUUGAGAGUGCUCAACCUCUAUUACUUGCACUUCAUAAACUGUCGCCGAAAGAUUUUGUCAGCACCAUAGACAAGGUUGUACUAUCCAGGAUCAAUUCAAGUAGCCAAGGGCUAUCCAAGACAAUAACGUCUAUCAGAAAUUUUGCAACAGCACUGGAAAAUGCAUUACAAGACGCUCAAAAUGUGCUGCUUUUACAAAAUACCCUCAGCACCACAAGUACUGGAACCCUCAGUUUGCUGAGUGAGUAUAUUUCACACAAGAAGUACGACUCCUUACUGGAUAUGUUUUGGAGUCGCGUGUCCAAGGCAUUCAAGAGAGAUUUCGAGACUUCGUAUACCCGUGGCGGUCCUGUAGGCAAGUCCCUGGCGGCCCACUCCUCUAGUAUUGUCCAAAGUAUGCAACGAACGCUAAGCUCUGAUCCAGCAGCGGCCAAUCACGGGCUCGAGAGCAUGCUUGAUUCAGUUUCUAUACUAAAUAUAAAAGGUUCAAAAUAG